CCUGCUUGUUCCCACACUACCACUUCGUACUUGAUCAUUAUACAUUGAAUCUAUCAAAUUUCUUUUCCCCUGCAAAUAAAUCCCGCUAAAAAUGGCUGUUUUAGGGUCUCAGAGGAUUCUGAUGAGUUUAGUGCUAGUAUGUAUGGCGGCAUUGUCCACAGUGGAUGCCGCAGCUCGGCCUCUUGCUCAGUGGAGAAAGCUCUCUGCUCUGGUACAAGAAGAGCCUCUUGUCCUGCAAUACCACAAUGGCCCUCUGCUUACCACAAAACCCAUUCUCAAUCUUCAUCUCAUUUGGUAUGGCAGUUUCACUUCCGCCCAGCGUGCCAUUGUGGCCGAUUUUGUGCAGUCACUGGGAGCGGGAAAUGGUAAAGAGGGCUCUCCCUCUGUCUCCACCUGGUGGAAAACAACAGAGGCCUACAGAGGCUCUGCCCCUUCCCAGUCAAACCCUGCUCAAACCCUAAAUCCAAGUUUGGGGAAGCAGAAGCUGGACGAAGUUUAUUCUAUGGGAAAGUCCUUGAAAAGAACUGAUAUUGCUGUGCUGGUGAAGAGUGCUAUCCAGUCUAGUGCUCUGCCGCCGCCUUCAAAGAAAAAAAGCAAGGGCGAGGUGGAGUUUUAUUUGGUGCUGACAUCUGAGGAUGUCAUGGUGGAGGACUUCUGCAGAAGCUCUUGCGGAUUCCAUGGAAGCGACAAAACAGACAACGAAUACGCGUUUGCGUGGGUGGGAAACUCAGCAACGCAGUGCCCGGGGCAGUGCGCGUGGCCAUUUCAUCAGCCAAUUUACGGCCCUCAGAGCCCUCCUCUGCUGCCGCCAAAUGGGGAUGUGGGAAUUGACGGUAUGAUCAUCAACAUUGCGGCUACCGUUGCCGGAGCAGUGACAAAUCCGUUUAGGUCGGGAUACUUCCAGGGAGACGCCGCCUCUCCAUUGGAGGCAGUGUCAGCGUGUCCGGGCAUGUACGGAAGCGGGGCUUAUCCCGGCUACGCCGGUCAACUGUUGGUGGACGAGACGACAGGCGCCAGUUACAACGCCCAUGGCCUCAAUGCCCGCACGUUCCUCCUCCCAGCAGUGUGGGAUCCUACCUCGCGCUCCUGCAAGACAUUGACGUAAAUUAACCAAAUAAUUCUUUUUUGAGAGGCGAAUGCAAUUCUGUUCAUAGGUUGUGGAUGGCUCCGAGCCUCCGAGCUCCAGCUGGUUGUAGUUCUUUAUUCAUUUAAUCUUUUUGAUUAAUAAAUUAUUUUUAAUA